UUGAAAAUGGGGGUUGGGGGUUCGUUGGAGUAUGGAUCCGAGCAUUACUUGAUGUGCAUUAGCCAUAAACGCUACAAUAAGCACCACCAGUUGCAGACCGUUGAGCUUAAGGUGGCUAUGGAUUGCGAUGGGUGUGAGCUUAAAGUGAAGAAAGCCCUGUCUUCCUUACGAGGAGUGAAAUCGGUGAAGAUAAACAGAAAGCAGCUGAAGGUGACAGUGACAGGGUAUGUGGAAGCAAGCAAAGUGUUGAAGAAGGCAAAGUCGACAGGGAAAAAGGCAGAGAUAUGGCCAUAUGUGCCCUACAAUUUAGUGGCGCAUCCCUACGCUGCUCCAGCUUAUGAUAAGAAGGCCCCUCCUGGGUAUGUCAGAAAUGUAGUGGACAAUGCUGUGGCCUCCUCUGCUGUCAAGUUUGAAGACCCUUCCUUUGUCACCAUGUUCAGUGACGAUAACCCGAAUGCCUGCUCCAUCAUGUAGCCAAAAAAAAACCAAUCUUUUUCUGUUUUAUUUAGAGUUUAAUAAAAAUUUGAAGCAAAAAAAAAAA